AACCCAUCCAAAAUCCUGCAGGCUACAGAAAAAUGUGUGUCUUGCGGCCAAGAUGGAGUCAAUAACUGAAACCCUUUGGGACGUUGUCAUUUAUGGCACUGGCCUUCAGGAGUCCUUCCUGGCAUUAUCCCUCUCACGGUCUGGAAAGAAAGUUCUACACCUAGACCCAAAUGAUUACUACGGCGGCCCAGAUGCCUCGCUCAGCCUCCAGGAGGCCGAGGGUUGGACCGAGAAGCAUUCGUCACUGGAACCCAAUCCCUCAUUCGGAUCGGCGUCCGUAACCAAGUCCCCCGAGACAUCCGGUCUCUCCUUUUCACGUGCCUACUCUCUCGCCCUCUCCCCACAGAUCAUCCACGGCCGGUCGACUCUUCUGUCGCAGCUUGUCUCCUCCCGCGCCUAUCGGCAGCUCGAGUUCCUCGCUGUCGGCUCGUUCUUCGUCUUCAAGACAUCGUCCAAACCCAGCCAGGCUCCGUCCCUUACCCGCAUCCCUUCGACGCGGGAGGAUGUGUUCUCCGCCACCGCCAUUCCUGCCCGCUCGAAGCGCUCCCUUAUGAAGUUUCUCAAGUUCGUCCUCGAUUACGAAGGCACGCAGCAGAGGGAGACUUGGCAGCCGUUUGCGGAGAAGCCGCUGGCCGAGUUACUGCGGAGCCAAUUCGGCCUGGAUGCCGAGCUGCAGAUGUUUGUCCACACCCUGACAUUGUCACUCUGCAAGUCAAUCACGGCAAAAGAAGGCCUGGCCAUCAUCCACAAGCAUCUCACGUCGAUGGGCAUGUUUGGCCCCGGGUUCGCCGCCGUAUAUCCCAAGUGGGGGGGCAUUUCCGAGAUUGCCCAGGUGGCAUGUCGGGCAGGUGCCGUGGGCGGAGCAGUUUACAAGCUUGGCACGAGGCUCAAUGAGGUCCAUCAUACUCAAGGCUCCGAUAAACUCCAGCUUGAUUUGUCAACCGAGCCAGAGGGCGAUGUCCGAGUUGAGACACAGCUGCUGGUGAAAGGCAGCGAGCACACGGAUGGUGGGAAGAAUAGCAAGCGGACAAGCAGGCUCGUGGUAGUCGUCGAUUCGUCCUUGAGGUCGUUGUUCGAGCCACUUGUUGAGGGCGCUCCGGCCCCGGCUGUUGCUGUGAUCGCAUUUCUGGCCGGAUCUUCGGAUCCCGAGCAUACACUGGACUCGCCCAUCUAUGCUUUCACUCACUCGAGCGAAACUGGCGAGUGUCCCACCGGACAAAGCGUGCUCUAUUUCACAACUCUCACCGAGAACACCACCGAGCAGGCCAGGGCCCGGCUUGAAGCGGCAGUCAGCUCCUUCCUCGCGGCCGUUGAUGAAACCAAAAAGCCGCAAUGCCUGUACAGGUUCUACUACGAGUAUUUGUCUGGCUCGGGGGGCAUCGGGAACGAGUCGGAUGGAAAGGUUCUGACUCUACCCGGCUCGGCCCCCGGUCUUGCAUUUGAUGACUCGACCCUCGAGCCAGUACAUGAGGCCUGGAAAGUGGUCAUGGGCUCCGCAGCCGAUGAUCCUGAGACCGAGUACAUGAUCUUUCCCGACCGCGAAGGCGCGGAAGAAUGUGACGAUGAUUACGAGUGACCAUUUGAUGAUACCUGCCGUUUGAAAACGCACACACGUGUAACAUCCCCGGAUGGAGGUCCGGCUAGUGGCGUUAAUACGACUGUAAUAAAUAGAUGAAUCACGCUCUUGCGAAUGUUAGAUGAAAUUAAUGAAUAUUUUAUUGCAACCAAGA